UUUACGAACAUUCCACUUUGGGUACCGACCUCUUGUGCAUCGAUUUGCACACCAUCCCUUCACAAUAGGUUGGUAUCCGUAGAAUUGUUGAGUAAAUUACGUUCUUCUAUAUAUACGUUACCACCAAAAAAAUGAGUCACGUAACCAAGCUCUAGAUUAAUAUUACCAACUCUCUCAAUCUCCACCACCCUUCACUCUAUAAAAAUCUCCGCCGCAGCAGUGAAUCUACGAUGGGAUCAGUCCAUGAAGCACCACCACCACCACCAUCUUUGUCAUCAUCAGAUCAUCCAUCAGAGAAGCACAAAGUGGUGAGCGAUGAGCUUGAAAUCGUAUUAUCAAACAUAGACUUGCCGUUUUAUCAGCGCAAUCGACUUGCUACUUGGAUAGAGCUAAAGCUACUGUGGCAACUGGCCGCUCCCGCCAUCUUCGUUUACAUUGUCAACAAUGUCAUGUCCAUGUCCACCCAGAUUUUCUCCGGCCACCUCGGCAACCGCGAGCUCGCCGGUGCAGCCCUAGGCAACAAUGGCAUCCAAUUAUUUGCUCUUGGUAUCAUGCUAGGUAUGGGAAGUGCAGUAGAGACCCUAUGUGGACAAGCAUAUGGAGCAAAGAAAUACCCAAUGUUAGGCAUUUACCUCCAAAGGUCAACCAUCCUCCUCACCAUCACAGGGCUCCUUGUCGCGUUAAUCUACGUGUUUUCCAAGCCAAUUCUCAUAUUACUCGGCCAAUCAACAGAGAUCGCGUCUAUGGCCUCAAUUUUCGUCUAUGGUCUAAUCCCUCAGAUAUUUGCGUACGCUGUGAAUUUCCCAAUUCAAAAAUUUCUCCAAGCGCAAAGCAUCGUCAACCCAAGUGCUUGCAUUGCAGCAUCAACGUUAGUUUUCCACUUGAUUCUGAGUUGGGUCGUGGUCUUCAAACUUGGGCUUGGGCUUCUGGGCGCGGCCUCGAUGCUGAGUUUUUCUUGGUGGGUGCUCGUGAUAGCCCAAUUUGUUUACAUUGUGAGGAGUGAAAAGUGUAAGCACACUUGGGCUGGGUUCAGCGUACAGGCUUUUUCUGGGCUGCCCAGUUUCGCUAAGUUAUCGGUCGCGUCGGCGGUGAUGCUCUGCUUGGAGAUUUGGUACAACCAGAUUAUGCUGUUACUUGCUGGGUUGCUUAAAAACCCGAAAUUGGCUUUGGAUUCUCUUUCUAUCUGCAUGACGAUUUCGGCAUUCAUGCUCAUGAUCUCGUUUGGGUUUAGUGCCUCGGCAAGUGUGAGAGUAGGCAAUGAGCUAGGAGCAGGGCAUCCAAAAUCAGCAGCAUUUUCAAUAGUCGUGGUGAACUUGGUCUCUAUUGUCACCUCUAUGGUGUCGGCAACUCUGGUGAUUGUAUUCAGGGAUGUCAUUAGCUAUGCUUUCACAGAGGGCGAAGCUGUGGCCGGUGCCGUCUCAGACCUCUGCCCACUCCUCGCCAUAACCAUCCUUCUCAACGGAAUUCAACCUGUUUUGUCUGGUGUUGCUGUGGGAUGUGGAUGGCAAGCUUUCGUUGCUUACGUGAACAUCGGGUGCUAUUAUGUAGUUGGGAUCCCGUUGGGCUCGGUUCUUGGUUUUUACUUCAAAUUGGACGCCAAGGGAAUUUGGUGGGGAAUGAUAGGAGGGGCACUGAUGCAAACCAUCAUUUUGAUUUGGGUUACUUGUCGAACAGAUUGGAAAAAGGAGGUGGAAAAAGCAAUGAAACGGUUGGAGAAGUGGGAAGAACAGUAAAACUUGUUGUGUAGUUUACACUUUAUUUCAAUUCGAUCAUUAGGGUAUUGUUCUAAUGCAAAGUGUUAUGAAUUUAAUGGACUUCGGGUUGGUGCUGUGCACCUCCGAGCUAUAGGAUCUCAUCUCGGCAAUCAACGAUUGAGAGCCGUUCAUUGCCGAGAUGAGAUUCAAGCCGUCGACGGAUGCACGAUCCGACGGCUUGGAAGUGUGCAGCGCGGUGCUGCGCACACCACUGCACAACACUAUCACCUAAUUCAAAUUUAAGGCCAUUAAAGGCCGGCAUAUUAUACACAUCAAAUAGGGGUGUAUUAUAGCAUUUUCCUUUUGAUACACUAAAGUGAUGAUGUUUCGUGUAAA